UCGAUUUCUCUCGAGGCGGUGAAGCGCACAGAGAUUUUUUGUUUCCCUUCGUUAAAGGUCGAGCUGUUCUACUUGAGUUAUGCUCUCACUUCUGAUGAUCAGAAAACCCUAAGUCCUUGCUAGAUUAAUAUAAAGUGUUUACUUCGAAAGAGUUCUCGCUUACUGUUAAGCUGCAAAGUUUCUGAUCUUUAUUGAAAAAAUUCGACAAUUUGAACCGUCUGUGCAGUCUGGGUUUGAGUUUGGAUCGGUGCUGUUGCUCGGGGAGAUGAUUCUUGGACUUGGUUUUGAAGAUCAUAGCCUUCUGUUUCAAUCCCUUCUUUGUUUUGGUUAAGUUGGUGGUUGUUUUAGUUGCUCAAGUUGUAAUUAGGCUGUGAGAUAUGGAGAUCAAGUUUGCGUUGAAACCAGGAUCAGUAAUGUAGUCUUUGAUCCGUCUGGAAAGUAGGAUCUGAGCUACCAGUCGGUUCUUCAGUUUCCUUUUUAUGUUUCUUUUGCCAGUAUUGGAACCUAACCAUGGCACAGAGCAACUGGGAAGCAGAUAAGAUGCUUGAUGUUUAUAUUUACGAUUAUCUGUUAAAAAGAAAUUUGCAUGCCUCUGCAAAGGCUUUUAUGUCCGAAGGAAAAGUCGCUGCAGAUCCAGUAGCAAUUGAUGCACCUGGAGGAUUUCUGUUUGAAUGGUGGUCUGUGUUUUGGGACAUCUUUAUUGCAAGGACAAAUGAGAAGCAUUCUGAGGUUGCUGCAGCAUAUAUAGAGGCACAACAAAUGAAAGCAAGAGAGCAUCAACAACAGCUUCAAAUGCAGCAGUUGCAGCUCAUGCAGCAACGCCAUGCUCAGUUGCAACGCAGGGAUGGUCCUACUCUUGGGGGUCCGAUAAAUCCUAUGAACUCUGAGGGAAUGCUGGGUCAGUCUACAGCCACUGUUUUGGCUGCAAAAAUGUAUGAAGAAAGGAUGAAACAUCCUCACUCCAUGGAUGCAGAAACAUCCCCACAAUUUAUUGAUGCUAGUAGGAUGGCCCUUUUAAAAUCAGCAACUAAUCAUGCAGGCCCAUUGGUCCAAGGUAAUUCGGGAGGUGUGUCUGCAGCAUUGCAACAAAUGCAGGCACGAACUCAGCAGACCACUGACAUUAAGGGUGAAGUGAACUUGGGUGUAACUCAAAGAUCUAUGCCUAUGGAUCCUUCAUCAAUCUAUGGACAAGGAAUUAUGCAACCAAAAACUGGACUAGCCAGUGCAGGAUUGAACCAAGGUGUCAGUGCUUUACCAUUGAAGGGUUGGCCCCUAACAGGUAUUGACCAACUACGACCGGCUUUAGGUGCGCAAGUGCAGAAGCCUUUUCUACAGACCACAAACCAAUUUCAGCUUUUGACACCACAACAACAACAGCAGCUUCUAGCCCAGGCUCAGGCACAAGGCAAUCUUGGUACUUCCCCUAACUAUGGAGAUAUGGAUCCCCGAAGAUUCAGGGUUUUACCUAGGGGAAACUUGAACACAAAAGAUGGACAACUUGCAGGAACCGAUGGAUCUAUAGGCUCUCCGCUGCAGUCAAGUUCACCAAAGGUCAGAGUACCUUCCCAGGAUCAGGCAGAUUAUCUUAUGAAGAUGAAAAUGCCUCAGAUGCAACAGUCCUCCUCUCAACAACAGCAGGACCAGCUCCAACAGCAGCAACUGCAACAGAAUAACAGAAAAAGGAAACAACCAACUUCUUCUGGGGCUGCUAACAGUACUGGUACAGGAAAUACUGUGGGCCCCUCACCCAACUCUCCACCAUCAACUCCAUCAACUCACACACCUGGUGAUGCAGUGGCUAUGACCAGUGGAUUGCAGCAUGUUAACAAUAUGCAGAAGAGCUUGAUGAUGUAUGGUGCAGAUGGGACAGCUGGUCUUGCAUCAUCUUCGAAUCAGCUGGAAGAUAUGGAACAUUUUGGUGAUGUGGGUUCCUUGGAUGAUAAUGUGGAAUCGUUUCUCUCUCAUGAUGAUGGAGAUGGGAGGGACCUAUUUGGUACAGUAAAACGAAGCCCUACAGAGCACAAUACAACAGAAUCUUCUAAGGGUUUUUCGUUUAGUGAAGUUGGUUGUAUCCGCACAAGCAAUAGUAAAGUUGUCUGCUGUCAUUUCUCUUCAGAUGGAAAGCUUUUGGCUAGUGCUGGUCAUGAGAAGAAGGCUGUUCUUUGGAACAUGGACACACUGCAGACAGAGAGUACUCCAGAAGAACACACACUUAUAAUUACAGAUGUUCGUUUUAGGCCAAAUUCAACUCAGCUGGCAACAUGUUCGUUCGAUAGGACCGUGCGCCUGUGGAAUGCGGCAGAUCCAAGCUUCUGUCUACAUGUUUAUACCGGUCACAAUUCACAUGUGAUGUCAUUAGAUUUCCACCCUAAGAAGACUGAUCUUUUUUGCUCUUGUGAUGGAAAUAAUGAAAUUCGUUUUUGGAGUAUCAGUCAGUAUUCAUGCACUCGAGUUUCCAAGGGAGGUACAGCACAAGUGAGAUUUCAACCAAGAAUUGGGCAGCUACUGGCAGCUGCAGCAGAUAACGUGGUAUCUAUCUUUGAUGUUGAGACUGACAGGUUGACACACGCAUUACAGGGUCAUUCUAAAGAGGUACAUUCUGUUUGCUGGGAUUCAACUGGAGAUCGGUUAGCCUCUGUCAGUCAGGACUCUGUGAGGGUAUGGUCAUUAAGUACAGGAGAGUGCAUUCACGAGCUCAGCUCCAAUGCAAACAAGUUCCACUCUUGUGUUUUUCAUCCAGCUUAUCCUACUCUUUUGGUUAUUGGUGGCUACCAGUCGCUGGAGUUGUGGAACAUGUCUGAGAACAAGAGCAUGACAGUUCCAGCGCACGAAGGUGUUAUUGCAGCUUUGGCCCAGUCACCUGUGACAGGGAUGGUUGCUUCUGCGAGCCAUGACAAAUCCGUGAAGCUGUGGAAAUAAAGUUUUGGCGAUUGGAUAUGUCCCUCUGAAGCAGUUGGCUUUGCCUCAAAUUCAACGGAAUCCCAACAAAUCGUUGCAUUGUGUUUGAUAUUUUUUCCUGGUUUAGUCUUUUCUGUUUUUCCACUUUGUUUGCUAUUUCUUGUCUCCUUUACUGUGUUGGUAAAUAAACUGGGAAGGGGUUCCUGUUGUUGUUUGGGACGGCAUUUUCAAGAGAUUUGUACUGCGACAGCAAGAUGUGGGUUUUAAUGGUAUUUAGACAGAUAUACAGGAGAAUUGAAAAAGAAAAGAAAGUUCACACUUUGAAACGGUGGAAAGAGAAAUGAUGAGUUUCCAUGUCUAAAGAUUCAGUAUUGGUUUCAUGUAUA